GGGCCCGGAAGUGACGCGGGCGAUGUUUGGGUCCGGGCUCGGCCAGGGGCCCGAGCGCGCUCAGGGCCGGUUUCCACGCUAGGAGUCGGAGCGGCCGGGAGUGCGGGCGCGCCCCGCCCGGGCAUGGAGGGCUCCAAGUCAUCGGCCUGCACCAUGCAGGUGAGCUUCGUGUGCCAGCGCUGCAGCCAGCCGCUCAAGCUGGACACGUCCUUCAAGAUCCUCGACCGGGUCACCAUCCAGGAGCUGACAGCUCCCUUACUUACCACAGCUCCAGCAAAACCAGGAGACAUUCAUGAAGAAGAGACCAACUUAACAGAGGAAGCCUUCACAGAAAACCGUCAGGAUGGUGUAUCCAGGAGAUUCAUUCCUCCAGCCAGAAUGAUGUCAACAGAAAGUGCCAACAGUUUUACUCUGAUUGGAGAGGCUUCUGAUGGGGGAACCAUGGAAAAUCUCAGCAGAAGACUGAAGGUUACUGGUGACCUCUUUGACAUUAUGUCAGGACAGACAGAUGUGGACCAUCCUCUGUGUGAGGAAUGCACAGACACCCUUCUAGACCAGUUAGACACACAACUCAAUAUCACAGAGAAUGAAUGCCAGAACUACAAACGAUGUCUGGAGAUCUUGGAACAAAUGAAUGAGGACGAUAAGGAGAAGCUGCAGAUGGAGCUGAAAGAACUUGCUUUGGAAGAGGAGCGAUUGAUCCAGGAGCUGGAAGAAGUAGAGAAGAACCGCAAGAUGGUAGCAGAAAACUUUGAGAAAGUGAGGGCAGAAGCAGAGAGACUGGAUCAGGAGGAAGCACAGUAUCAGAAGGAGUACAGUGAAUUCAAGAGGCAGCAACUGGAGCUGGAUGAUGAACUGAAAAGUGUUGAUAACCAGAUGCGCUAUGCCCAGAUCCAGUUGGAUAAACUGAGGAAAACCAAUGUGUUCAAUGCAACUUUCCAUAUCUGGCACAGUGGGCAAUUUGGCACAAUUAAUAACUUCAGACUUGGCCGCCUCCCCAGUGUCCCUGUAGAAUGGAAUGAGAUCAAUGCAGCUUGGGGGCAGACUGUGCUACUGCUUCAUGCCCUUGCUAACAAGAUGGGCCUGAAAUUUCAAAGAUACCGUCUUGUUCCCUAUGGAAACCAUUCAUAUUUAGAGUCCCUCACAGACAAAUCGAAGGAGUUGCCCUUGUAUUGUUCUGGAGGUUUAAGGUUCUUUUGGGACAAUAAAUUUGAUCAUGCAAUGGUGGCAUUCCUGGACUGCGUGCAGCAAUUCAAAGAGGAGGUGGAGAAAGGCGAAACUCGCUUUUGUUUGCCUUACAGAAUGGAUGUGGAGAAAGGCAAGAUCGAAGAUACAGGUGGCAGUGGUGGCUCUUACUCUAUUAAAACACAGUUUAACUCUGAAGAGCAAUGGACAAAAGCACUCAAAUUCAUGUUAACUAACCUGAAAUGGGGUCUUGCCUGGGUUUCAUCCCAAUUUUAUAACAAAUGACUGUGUGUGUGCG